AUGGAGAUCCUAAUGCUUAGAGCGGAUGUACAGGAGGAUCCUGAAGCCACCAUGGCCAGAUUCUUGAGCGGGUUACGACCCGAUAUUGCUGAACGAGUGGAACUUCAACAUUAUAUGGAGUUGCAUGAGCUUGUAGACAAGGCUAUUAAGGUCGAGCAAAGGCUCAAGAGGAGGGGUACCACUCGAUCGAAUUUUGGCAAUACCACCUACUCUACCAACCGCCCAUUCCAACCAAGGAAUGAUUCUCGGCCUUCACCAAAUGCUCAUACACCAAAGCCGAGAUUCGAGGGAGGUAAGGUGGGCAACCCUAGUAUUAGUAAGCCGCCCUCUUCUACUCCAAAAUUUGAGGAGCCUAGGGUACAAACUAGAGCUCGUGAUACUCGAUGUUUAAAAUGCCAAGGUAGAUGCCAUAUUGUUAGUCAAUGUCCCAAUCAAAGGACUAUGAUUAUGAUGCAAAAUGGUGAGAUCGUGAGUGAGGACGAAGCCGAGUAUGAAGGCAUACCACCUCUUGACGGAGGUAGUGAUGGGGAAUCGCCAAAUGAAGAGGAGUUUAGUGCACCCGAAGGUCAUUUUGGGACUGCAUUGGUUGCAAGGAGAGCAUUAACUGCACGUGUUAAGGAGGACGAGCUUCAACGGGAGAACAUUUUCUACACUAGGUGCUUCGUCAACCAAGCACUUUGUAGUGUGAUUAUUGAUAGUGGGAGCUACACAAAUGUAGCUAGUUCACUCAUGGUGGACAACUUGAAGUUGCCUACCAGGGAUCACCCGCGACCCUACAAACUCCAAUGGCUCAACAAUUCUGGGGAGGUUCGAGUAACCAAGCAGGUUCUUAUAUCCUUCCAAAUCCAUAAAUAUUCUGAUGAAGUAUUAUGUGAUGUAGUUCCUAUGCAGGCUAGUCACAUUAUACUAGGUAGGCCUUGGCAGUUUGACAGACAGGUAACUUUUGAUGGUGUGACUAAUAAGUAUAGCUUCUUGUACAAUAGUAAGAAAGUCACACUAACUCCCCUUUCCCCCAAACAAGUGCAUGAGGACCAAUUGAAAUUGCAACAAGAGUUUGAGAGGUAUAGUGCAAAAAAGAAAGAAAAUGAGAGAGCCGAGGCGAAAAAAGAGAGGAAAAAGGAUAUAGAUAGCUCGGCAAGUGAGGUAAAAUCCGAGGGCAAACAAAUGCUCCUGAUAAAAGCCAAGAAAGUGAGGAAAUUAAUGAGAGAUGAGCAGCCGUUUCUUAUGCUUGUUAGCAAAGAAGUAGCUCUGAAUAUGCAUGAACUUGAUACUAACAUACCUCUUGAGGUUAAGUCUCUUUUGCAGGAGUAUGCUGAUAUCUUCCCCGAAGACGUGCCAAGUGGAUUACCACCACUUAGAGGCAUUGAGCAUCAAAUUGAUUUCAUCCCUGGAGUUUCGUUGCCAAAUCGACCAGCUUACAAGAGCAACCCGGAGGAGACUAAGGAGUUGCAAAGGCAAGUGGAUGAGUUGCUUGGCAAAGGAUGGGCCCUGAAGUAUCGCCACCCUAUACCUCGCUUAGAUGACAUGCUUGAUGAGUUACAUGGGGCUGUGUUCUUUAUCAAAAUUGAUCUCAAAUAUGGGUACCAUCAAAUUAGGAUUAAGGAGGGGGAUGAAUGGAAAACUGCCUUCAAAACUAAGUAUGGAUUAUAUGAGUGGUUAGUGAUGCCUUUUGGGCUAACUAAUGCACCUAGUACCUUCAUGAGAUUAAUGAAUCAUGUCCUGCCUCCAUUCUUGGGAAAAUUUGUGGUUGUUUACUUUGAUGAUAUCCUAAUUUAUAGCAAAUCUUAUGACGAACACCUUGAGCAUAUUAGGGCUGUCAUGGAUGUCCUUCGAAGAGAGAAGCUUUAUGCCAAUCUCAAGAAGUGCAAUUUUUGCACUAACGAGCUCGUGUUUCUAGGGUUUGUUAUAAGUGCGCAGGGAAUGAAGGUGGAUGAUCAAAAGGUGAAAGCUAUUCAAGAGUGGCCAACACCAAGGUCCGUGGGUGAUGUUCGAAGCUUCCAUGGACUUGCGGGUUUCUAUAGGAGAUUCGUGAGGGACUUUAGCACUAUUGCUGCACCCUUGACUGAGUUGAUCAAGAAGAAUGAGAACUUCCAUUGGGGGGAAUCUCAAGAACAGGCCUUUCGCGAUUUAAAGCAUCAACUCACACACGCACCUGUACUUGCUUUACCUGACUUUUCUAAGACAUUUGAAAUUGAUUGUGAUGUUUCAGGUAUUGGAGUUGGAGCUGUGUUGAACCAAGGUGGGAGGCCUAUUACCUACUUUAGUGAGAAACUCAAUGGGGCUGCACUGAACUAUUCAACUUAUGAUAAAGAGUUGUACGCCCUCAUUCGAGCACUACAAGUGUGGCAACACUACUUAAGGCCUAAGGAAUUCGUGAUACACACCGAUCAUGAGUCCCUUAAGUACCCUUAA